AUGGUAUUCAAUCUAGUAUCACAUGACACUGGAUUGGAGAUAGUAGCAGUGUCCUAUCAUCUCACGUUACUCGAUAGAUGUUGUGAGAUAUGCUGUACUAUUGCCUAUAGAAAUACCUCGAGCAUACCGAUCAACGUUUGUGUUGAAAAAGAUGAAGUAAUAGAAUUAGGAUCACUGUUUUGUUUGGAGUCUAGCAUUGCUGGUGUUAUAGUGAUGGAGCAGUCGUCGCUGUAUUCAGAGCUGACGGAUAAUGAACAGCAACAACAACAUAUUUCUAAACAUUCCAAUAGUGAAUAUCAAUUUUCAACUGUUGCUGAUAAUAACAGUAUUAAAGAGUUUUCAAUUGAUAUUGAGAUUCAAGAGUUACCGACUGUUUGCGGUUGGACAGCAGAUGCAAUCAACUAUGAAGGUACAUCUAUAAAGUCAUCGAUGAUUGCAUUCAAUACAAAUAAUGAUAUUGUAAACUUGGUUUGCAAAUGGUCUGAUCAAAGUAUUACGAAAAUCGAUAAAUUAAUACCCCGUGGUAAUAAUAAUAAUAAUAAUAACAAUAACAAUAAUAAUAAUAAUAAUCAUAAUAAUAACUCUAUCAUAUGUCAUCUUGAACAAUCACCAUCACCAUCAACAUCAUCACCAUCACCAUCACCAAAUAAUAAUGUAAUUAUUUCUUAUAACGAUCAAUCAAACUGUUGUAUAGCAUUGCGAAAAACAUCAUCAUCAUCACUUAUAUAUAGAUUCUCUACACUUUCAACACUCAAAAAACAAAUAGAAGAUAGUAAAUCUUCAAAGAAUUUACAAGAUAUAUCAUUUUUGAUAAAAUUAUUUUUAGAAAAUAAUACUAUUAAAUCAACGGAAUCAUCACCAUCACCUUUAUCAUUCUCCGCACCCGACAACCUUAUUUGUAACAAUAGUAAUAGUAAUAAUAACAGUAGUAGUAGUAGUAGUAGUAGUAUAGAUAAUUUAAAUAGUAUAAAUAAUAGUACAAAGAAUUUAGUGAUUGGAAACAACCACCUCCAUGGGUCAUUACAAAGUAAUAGUUUGCAGAACUCUGGUGAUCUUCUCUCGAAUCUAUCGAAUCUACCAAAGGUUAAGCCUGCCAAUUUACAAUCGUUGACUGCUCCACCCACUUUCAACAAAGAUCUAUCGAAUCCGAUUGCCGCGUUUGUCUCGAACCGUCAGGCUGGUGGCGCCGCUAGCUCCGGUCCGGCCGGUCUCGUCAAAACCAAGCGCACACCUCCCACUCUUGCGUCGAUCUCCACCAGCAAGGACGGCGCACCCGUAGACAUACGUUCGCAGCGACUGGCCAGCUACAACAAAGUGAACCAGCUGUUUGGCAAACCGACUCGCUCCGAUUUCGCUCGCUCGACAGUCGCCAUCGAGGAGCUGGAGCCGGCCGCCUUUGACAUUGCACUACAGCACAUCCGUAGCAACUGGUGGAAACACGACCGUCUUGCGACUCGCGCCGAAAUCAAAAGGAUACGCUCGAUCGUGACCAGUGUCAUCAACUCUGACAAGAUUGAGAUUACCUUUGUGACUGCACCGCCACCCGCCGCCGCACAGAAAACACCGCCACCCUCGCUCAACGGCAGUAUGACCGACCUCCGAAGUUUGCUCGCUCCCAAGCCCGCUCCGACACCGGCACCGCUCUCCUUGGCGGCAUCGCUCGACAGCAACGCUUCCAGCACCGAGAAAGCAGUGGACAUCGACAGAUUGCGAUGGAUCAUCGAGGAGCUCUUGGACGAAGAGAAAAAGUCGUUCGAAGAGGAGCCACACUCGGCAGAUUCAUCGGUGGCCCACUGGUUCAAAAUCGUCACUUCCGAGACAACCGGACAACGUCCACAGAUGGAGGACAAGCACGUUGUCAUUGAGCAGCCAGACUAUCUCUACGGUAUCAGUCAGGAUGUGAAACACGACCAGUUCUUUGGCACUGGCAGCGAGAGUCACGAUCCCAUCGAGAGCAUACACAACGGUUUUCUCGAUACGAACAAAGCGUUCCUCGAGAUUGCCGAGCGUGACGAGCGCAAGGCUGGAACCACCGUGGCGACCGCCAUUGUCCAACGCGACAAAGUCUACAUCAGCAACCUCGGUGACUCUGAGGUGAUACUGUGCAGUGGCGGACGUGCUUCUGUCAUGUCGACCUCUCACACACCAAAGAAUCAGAGAGAACGAGAAAGAGUUGAACAAGCCGGUGGCACUAUCAUCCAGUACGGAACACUCAGAGUCAACGGUAUCCUCUCGGUGACGAGAGCAUUCGGAGAUCGUUCUCUCAAAGACCUCGUCAUUGCCGAGCCAGACAAUCACAUUCAUAACAUUACCAAGGCCGAUCAGUUUAUAGUUAUGGCAACCGAUGGUCUAUGGGAUGUAUUCACCUACCAAGAAGUAUCGGACUUUAUUUUAAAUGAUAAUAACAACAAUAAUCAACAAGAAACAAAUAUCAACAAUAAUAAUACAUCAUCAUCAUCAUCACUAUCAUCACUAUCAUCAAUAUCAUCAUUAAAGCAAUCAAAUGUUGCAGAUAGACUAAUAGAGGAAGCACUUAGAAGAAAUAGUAAAGAUAAUAUUACAGUGGCAAUUAUAUAUUUGAAUAAUAAUAAUAAUAAUAACAAUCAUCAAUCAUAA